CCGUCCAUCCAUUCUCGGGGCGGCCGCCGGCAUUCUCACUCAUUCCUCGCUCGGAUUUAGCAGCAGCGAGUGCGUCGCGCGUUUGCUUCACAGCGAGAUUCGUCCCUUUUCACCCCGCCUGACAGCCAUGCUGCUUUCGCAAAGUGAGUGCUCACCACCAGUUGAGUGUGCCACCGGCUGCCUGUGACACGAGUGCCUGCGUCCUUUUGUCUUUCGCCACCUGCCGAGCGCUUUGCCCGAAAGAACCUUCUCGCUGAAAUCACUCAAAGCCCCAAGGUGAUUGUUGCUGAUCCGAAAUGCGUAGUGUAGGAAUUUACCUCUUCGCCGCCGCGGCGGCGUUCUCUGUCGUUUCUUCUGGGGUGGCCCAGCUGGCGCCGAAUGCGGGCAACGGCGACCUUUGGCCUCUGGAGCGACCGACCGGCAUGGUGGCCAUCCAGAGCCUGGAGGUGAUGUGCGGCAAGGAGCACAUGGACGUCCACCUCAAGUUCACCGGACCCUUUGACGGACUCGUCUUCUCCAAGGGUCAGUACGGCGACCCGCGGUGCGUGUACGUGGCGCCUCGCGGGGGCGGCUCGGGCAGCGCGGACCACUCGCGGACGCACUUCACGUUCCGGAUCGCGUACCGGCGGUGCGGCACCAAGCCGGACCUGCACGGCCAGUUCUACGAGAACACGGUGGUGAUCCAGUACGACCGCGACCUGCUCGAGGUGUGGGACGAGGCGAAGCGGCUGCGCUGCGAGUGGUUCAACGACUACGAGAAGACGGCCUCCAAGCCGCCCAUGGUGAUUGCCGACCUCGACGUCAUCCAGCUCGACUUCAGGGGCGACAACGUCGACUGCUGGAUGGAGAUCCAGCACGGGAAGGGCCCUUGGGCGCCCCCUGUCAGCGGCAUCGUGCCCCUCGGUUCUACGCUCACCCUUGUCAUCGCCAUCAAUGACCACAGGGGCGAGUUCGACAUGAGGGUCAAGUCGUGCUCGGCAAGCGACGGCAGCGGUGGCCACGUGAUCCAGCUCUCGGACGAGCGCGGCUGCGUCCUGCGGCCCAAGAUGGUCAGCCGCUUCCUGAAGGCGCGCACGGCCGACGAGCGCGCCUCCGUCAUCACCUACGCCUUCUUCCACGCGUUCAAGUUCCCCGACGCCCUCAGCGUGCACAUCGACUGCAAGGUGGAGAUCUGCCGCAAGGGCUGCCAGGAACACUGCUUCGAGCCGGCGGCCAACGCCCAACUCGGCCACGGAGGGCCUCCCUCCGGCCUGCCCCUCGCCUACCACGGACCUCCCAUUGAGCGUCGUGAAGACCUGAGCGUGCACAACGCGGCCAGUGAGGACUUGCGUGAAGAGGUGCCGCAAAAAUCUGUGUAUCCGCCGCCCAAGUCGAAGCUGCGUGGACACAAUCCUCAGUUCCCUUACGGACCGCGCUACCUCGACAUUGACCCAGAAAAUGACACGGUGCCCGUGGGACCGACACCGAGAAGAGUGAGGAGGUUCGUGGCCAAGUCUUCGGCGGAGGACGUCGGAGUGUCCGGCCUGUACGAGGUCAUCAGCGAGACUGACCUUGCCUUCUCCGUGGACAACAGCAGGCAAGAAAACGUCGAGGUCUAUCAGGGUCAGAGGCAGACCGACGAGGAGAUCGUGUACGGCAUCUGCCUGCCCGUGCAGAGUUUCGGGGCGCUGUUCGUGGUGCUGGGCGCGAUGGCGGUGGCGGCCUCGUUGUUCGCCGGCACGCUGUUCCACCGGUACCAGAAGCAGCGCGAGACGCAGCGCGUCUCCGCCUGGCUCACCCUGCGCAGCUUCCUCUCGCUCGCCGGCCUGCAACAGCAGCAGCAGCAGCACGAGUAGCGAGUUUUUAAAAGAAAGAAAGAAAAAAAGACUCUGAAUCAAAAGGGUGCGCUCCGUGUUGCCCCCUCCGCCCGGCGGAGGGAGGGAUGCGGUCGGGGGCGCGCGCAAGGACUCUCCUAGUCUCAAUCUGAAGCAGUUGAGGCGCCAUUCCUCCAGUCAUUCGUCCGCUCAGGACUCACACUCUGGUUGCGGUUUCAUUUGUACAUAUCCACAUGCAAACACACUCAUAAUUCAGUUCGCAACGUAAAUACAAAAUAUAUUAUUUAUUUUACACAUCAUGUGACAGAGGCUUGCAAGGGAGAGCUUGACGAAAGAAAAUAAAACACACGGUAGUGCUGAAGUGUACAUAGAUGAACAGGGUAAAUUGGAUCAGAAGCGAAAAAUGUACUUUAAAAAUGCUCAAAGCUGGUUUUCGGCUUACUUUUGAACGCAAUCAAAAUUCGUCGAAUGCCAAAAGUUUCGUCGGGUGGCAGUGUUUGACCUUUCUCCCUAUCCUCUUCUCUAGCUGUGCGUGCAGGCCCGGGAAAGCUCGCUUUGUCACUUUCGGCCCGUGCCGCGAGAGAACGAUCGCCUCCUCUUAGCCCACCUCUUAUUUUUACAGACAACUAAGUGUUCUAUGCGAAUCCAAGCAAUUUACGUAGCGUUGUACUAUCCCCGCAUUAAUGCCAAAAAACACAGUCGCGCCGCCGACUGGUCAGCUGUAUUUUUUUCCACUCACGCGCACGCACACAUAAUCGCAGUAAUUUAUCGUUUUGUUUCAUGACACGCGGAUGCUCUCUGCGUUCUGUUGGUGAAUUCAUGUCCUUCUUCUCACUUUUCAGCUUUCCGCGUGUGUGAGUGUCUCUUUGCCAAUGAGAAUAUAUACAUAAGAAACGAGUGUUUCAUGCGGUGUAUUACUUUUUCUUAACUGUUUUUGCGAGAGAGAGAGCACGUGCAAGAUUUGCGACUCCCGGCAUCGGCCCCUUUUGCUGUGUACGAAAAAUAAAACGUUUCCUUGCGAGAUCGGCACUUUUGCACGUGUUCUCGGUGACAAGCGUCUAACAAAUAAUUUAUUUAAACAUAUAUUUAUGACGACAUAUUUAUUAAAAUACUAUUUAUUUAACUUGCUCAAAAACUGUAUGAAAUAAAAGACAGCAUGCAAACCGACGAUUAUUUUCGUUGGGUGUAAAAUGGUUCCAAUUUCUGUAUAAAAAAAAUGCCGCGUCGCAUCAGCAGGUGCUUUUAUAAUGUUUGAAAUUAUAUCGCUGAAGUUUGUGAAAAGCACGUGCGACCGCUCGACUUAUUCUGCGGAAUCAGUUUGCUCAAUAAAAAUCACACUUUACUCAAGACAAAAAAAA